AGCGCGCGGACUGUGUGAAGUGAGGCGAGGCGGCUUCGGGACCCACGGACCGACAGACCGGGCGGCCCCUACGGCCGUCAGCGGCCAGGCGGCCCGACAUGUUGUCUGGGAAGAAGGCAGCGGCUGCCGCGGCGGCGGCGGCGGCGGCGGCGGCUGCCGGGUCGGAGGCCGGUGCGGGGGUAGCGGGUGGCGCGGAGAACGGCUCUGAGGUGGCCGCACCGCCCGCGGGCCUGUCCGGCCCUGGCGAGGCGGGGCCGGGGGCGGCUGGAGAGCGCACUCCCCGCAAGAAGGAGCCCCCGCGGGCCUCGCCCCCCGGCGGCCUGGCCGAGCCGCCGGGGUCCGCCGGGCCUCAAGCCGGGCCUACCGCCGUCCCUGGGUCUGCGACCCCCAUGGAAACGGGAAUCGCAGAGACACCGGAGGGGCGACGGACCAGCCGGCGCAAGCGGGCGAAGGUAGAGUACAGAGAGAUGGAUGAAAGUUUGGCCAACCUCUCAGAAGAUGAGUAUUAUUCAGAAGAAGAGAGAAACGCUAAAGCAGAGAAGGAAAAGAAGCUUCCUCCACCACCCCCUCAAGCCCCACCUGAGGAAGAAAAUGAAAGUGAGCCCGAGGAACCAUCUGGGCAAGCAGGAGGACUUCAAGACGACAGUUCUGGAGGGUAUGGAGACGGCCAAGCAUCAGGUGUGGAGGGUGCAGCUUUCCAGAGUAGACUUCCUCAUGACCGGAUGACUUCUCAAGAAGCAGCAUGUUUUCCAGAUAUCAUCAGUGGACCACAGCAGACCCAGAAGGUUUUUCUGUUCAUUAGAAAUCGCACAUUGCAGUUGUGGUUGGAUAAUCCAAAGAUUCAGCUGACAUUUGAGGCUACUCUCCAACAGUUAGAAGCGCCUUACAACAGUGAUACUGUGCUUGUCCACCGAGUUCACAGUUAUUUAGAGCGUCAUGGUCUUAUCAACUUCGGCAUCUACAAGAGGAUAAAGCCCCUCCCAACUAAGAAGACAGGAAAGGUCAUCAUCAUAGGCUCUGGGGUCUCAGGCUUGGCAGCAGCUCGUCAGUUACAAAGUUUUGGAAUGGAUGUCACACUUCUGGAAGCCAGGGAUCGUGUGGGUGGACGAGUUGCUACAUUUCGCAAAGGAAACUAUGUAGCUGACCUUGGAGCCAUGGUGGUAACAGGUCUUGGAGGGAAUCCCAUGGCUGUGGUCAGCAAACAAGUAAAUAUGGAACUGGCCAAGAUCAAGCAAAAAUGCCCACUUUAUGAAGCGAACGGACAAGCUGUUCCUAAAGAGAAAGAUGAAAUGGUAGAGCAAGAGUUUAACCGAUUGCUAGAAGCUACAUCUUACCUUAGUCAUCAACUGGACUUCAACGUCCUCAAUAAUAAGCCUGUGUCCCUUGGCCAGGCAUUGGAAGUUGUCAUUCAGUUACAAGAAAAGCAUGUCAAAGAUGAGCAGAUUGAACAUUGGAAGAAGAUAGUGAAAACUCAGGAGGAACUGAAGGAACUUCUUAAUAAGAUGGUAAAUUUAAAAGAGAAAAUUAAAGAACUCCAUCAGCAAUACAAAGAAGCAUCUGAAGUCAAACCACCCAGAGAUAUCACUGCUGAGUUCUUAGUGAAAAGCAAACACAGGGAUCUAACUGCCCUGUGUAAGGAAUAUGAUGAAUUAGCUGAGACACAAGGAAAACUAGAAGAAAAACUUCAAGAGUUGGAAGCCAAUCCCCCAAGUGAUGUAUAUCUCUCAUCAAGAGACAGACAGAUACUUGAUUGGCAUUUUGCAAAUCUUGAAUUCGCUAAUGCCACACCUCUCUCUACACUCUCCCUUAAGCACUGGGAUCAGGAUGAUGACUUUGAGUUUACUGGCAGCCACCUGACAGUGAGGAAUGGCUACUCAUGUGUGCCUGUGGCUUUAGCAGAAGGCCUGGACAUUAAACUGAAUACUGCAGUUCGGCAGGUUCGCUACACAGCUUCAGGCUGUGAAGUGAUAGCUGUGAAUACCCGCUCCACAAGCCAGACCUUCAUUUAUAAGUGUGACGCGGUCCUCUGUACCCUUCCCUUGGGUGUCUUGAAGCAGCAGCCACCAGCUGUUCAGUUUGUGCCGCCUCUUCCUGAGUGGAAAACAUCUGCAGUCCAAAGGAUGGGAUUCGGCAACCUCAACAAGGUUGUGUUAUGUUUUGACCGGGUGUUCUGGGACCCGAGUGUCAAUUUGUUCGGCCAUGUUGGCAGCACAACUGCAAGCAGGGGUGAGCUCUUCCUCUUCUGGAACCUCUAUAAAGCUCCAAUACUGUUGGCACUCGUGGCGGGAGAAGCUGCUGGCAUCAUGGAAAACAUAAGCGAUGAUGUGAUUGUUGGCCGAUGCCUGGCCAUCCUCAAGGGGAUUUUUGGCAGCAGUGCAGUGCCCCAGCCCAAGGAAACUGUGGUGUCUCGCUGGCGUGCUGAUCCCUGGGCCCGAGGCUCCUAUUCCUAUGUAGCCGCAGGAUCAUCUGGAAAUGACUAUGACUUAAUGGCUCAGCCAAUCACUCCUGGCCCCUCAAUUCCAGGUGCCCCACAGCCUAUUCCACGACUCUUCUUUGCUGGAGAACAUACAAUCCGUAACUACCCAGCCACGGUCCAUGGUGCUCUGCUGAGUGGGCUGCGAGAAGCAGGAAGAAUUGCAGACCAGUUCUUGGGGGCCAUGUACACCCUUCCUCGCCAGGCCACACCCGGCGUCCCUGCACAGCAGUCCCCGAGCAUGUGAGACAGACGUGUUAAGGGAAGAAGCCGGUGCGCGUGUCUUUGGCUGCAUAAGCAAAGCUCUUCUAGCAAUAUAGAUUCCACUGAGAAACUCACCCUGCAUCUGGGCUCCAGCUCAGCUGCUGAAGCAAAGCCCAUGAUGGUCAGGUGGCCGAGGAGGUUGCCUCCUCUGAGAGACUGAGAGCUAGGGAGGCGCUUGCUCCAUUAGCAUGAGAGUCUGUGUUCUUAGGACUGAGGGAAGCAAGUACUGAGAGAGAACGUCUUAGUCUCUUUGUCUGUGGUGGUUUUUUAUAUUUUGAGAAUAAAACUUCAUAGAAAAUCA